CUGAAGCCAAAAAGACCAUGGAGAGCACCAAGACGGACGGACACAACCCGCUGGCAACUGCCGGCUUUUGUUCAAGAGUCUUUUUGUGCUGGUUGACCCCGCUGCUGCACCUCGGCCACAAGCGGACGCUGGAGGAAAGUGACAUGUACAGCGUUGUCCCCGAGGAUCGCUCUCAGACCCUGGGAGAGGAGCUGCAGAGACUUUGGGACCACGAAGUUAAAAAGGCCACGAAGGAACUGCGGAAACCGAACCUCACCGACGUCCUCAUCCGGUGCUACGGGAGGUCCUACGCCGCGGCUGGGUUGUUCACAUUUUCACUGGAGGCCAUUAAAGUGAUCCAGUCGCUUCUGCUGGGGAAAAUAAUCCUGUACUUUGAGAAUUACGACCCAGACGACCAUAGGAGUCUCUGCACGGUGUGCGUUUACGCCGCCGCCAUGUCCCUCUCCACCUUCGGCCUGACUAUCCUCCAACACCUCUACUUCUACCAGGUUCAGAAACUGGGCAUGAGGAUACGGGUGGCCAUGUGUCACAUGAUAUACAGGAAGGCUCUGGCCCUCAGCAGUGAAUCCAUGGGACAAACCACCACCGGACAAAUCGUCAACCUCCUUUCGAAUGAUGUCAACCGCUUCGAUGAGAUUACACUCAACCUGCACUACCUGUGGGUGGGGCCUCUACAAGCCAUGGUGAUCGUCGUCUUCCUUUGGUACGAGAUCGGCCCGACGUGUCUGGCGGGCGUGGCGGUCGUCGCCCUCAUGCUGCCGAUGCAGACUUGGUUCGGAAAACUCUUUGGCAUCUUCAGGAGCAAAACGGCCGUCUUUACUGACAAUAGAAUUUGCAUCAUGAACGAGGUGGUGUCCGGCGUCAGGAUCAUCAAGAUGUACGCCUGGGAGAAGCCGUUCUCAGCUCUGGUUACUGAAGUCAGAAGGAAAGAGAUCCGUCAGAUACUGUACAGCUCCUACCUACGAGGACUCAACAUGGCGUCCUUCUUCGCCAGCAGCAAGAUCAUCGUCUUCAUUACCUUCACCGUCUACGCCCUCCUGGGCAACGCCAUCACCGCCAGCAGCGUGUUUGUCACCGUGUCCCUGUACGGUACCAUCAAGCUCACGGUCACCCUGUUCUUCCCGCUGGCCGUGGAGAAGGUGUCGGAGACCGCGGUCAGCGUCCAGAGGAUCACGAGUUUCCUCCUGCUGGAUGAGGUGGAGAGAAAAACCUCGGGGCUGCCUCUGGAGGGGAAGGAGGAGAGCUCCAUAGAGAUUGAGAAGUUGACCUGCUACUGGGAUAAGAGUUUGGACGCUCCAUCUCUCCAGAAUGUCUCCGUCAGCGCGAAGUCACACCAACUCCUGAUUGUAAUUGGACCAGUGGGGGCCGGGAAGUCCUCCCUGCUGAGCGCCAUCCUGGGAGAGCUGCCUCAGGACACGGGGAGUCUGAAGGUCAAAGGUCAGCUGACCUAUGUGUCCCAGCAGCCCUGGGUGUUCCCGGGGACCAUCCGCAGUAACAUCCUGUUCGGGAGAGAGCUGAACCCCCAGCGGUACGAGAAAGUCAUCAGAGCCUGCGCUCUAAAGAAGGACCUGGAGCUGCUCCCGGACGGAGACCUGACGCUGAUCGGGGACAGAGGGGCCACACUCAGCGGUGGACAGAAAGCUCGCAUCAACCUGGCCAGGGCUGUGUAUCAGGAUGCAGACAUCUACCUCCUGGACGAUCCUUUAAGCGCAGUGGACGCUGAGGUCGGGAAACAUCUUUUUGAGCAGUGCAUCUGCGGCCUGCUGAAGAACAAGUGUCGUGUCCUGGGCACCCACCAGCUGCAGCACCUCAGGGCCGCCGACCAGAUCCUGGUCCUCAAAGAGGGUCACGUGACGGCUCAGGGUUCCUACAGCGAGCUGUGCUCCUCCAAUCCGGACAUGGCGGCUAUGCCGAGCAGCGACGAGGAGCAGGAGCGACGGGCUCGAUCGGCCGACCUGGGCAAGCUGUCGUUACACAGCCAGAAGACGAACCACUCGCACAGUUCCCACAGCAGCCUCCUGCCGCAGGAGAGCGACUGCACAGACCAGCUUCCUGUUGAAACAGUUUGCACCGCGGCAGAGGAGAGUCGGGUGGAAGGAGACGUCGCCGGUCACAUUUAUCUCAAGUACUUCACCGCAGGCUGCAGCAUCGCGGUCUUACUGUUUAUCGUGCUGCUCAGUGUCGUGGCCGAGGUUGCUUAUAUUCUGCAGGACUGGUGGCUGGUGUACUGGGUGAGAGAGAUGUAUUUCAACAGCACGGCCACAGCUGUUAGCAUCAGAAAUGGAGUGAAUGCUACUCACUCAGAUCAAGAGUUGGACCUCACAUUUUACCUCGGUGUUUAUUCAGGUUUGACCGCAGUCGCCGUGGUGUUUGGCUACGCCAGGAGCUUAGUGAUCUUUCACGAGCUGGUGAGAUCAGCUCAGAAACUGCACAACAGCAUGUUCAGCGCCGUCCUCCGCACGCCUGUCGCCUUCUUCGACGCCAACCCCAUCGGAAGAAUUCUCAACAGGUUUUCCAAAGACAUCAGCCAGAUGGACUCCAUGUUACCCAUCACCUUUGUGGACUUCUAUCAAUUGUUCUUGCAGAACAUGGGUGUGGUGGUGGUGGCGGCCUCGGUCAUCCCUCUCAUCCUGAUCCCUGUCGUUCCUCUGCUGUUCAUCUUCCUGUACUUGAGACGCUUCUACCUCAGCACGUCACGGGACAUCAAACGCCUCGAGUCCACAACUCGGAGUCCCGUCUUCUCCCACCUGUCCUCGUCUCUUCAGGGUCUGUGGACGAUCCGAGCCUUCAGAGCCGAGGAGAGGUUAAGGAAAGCCUUUGACGCCCAUCAGGACCUGCACUCGGAGGCCUGGUUCCUGUUCCUGAUGACGUCCCGCUGGUUUGCUCUUCGCCUCGACAGCAUCUGCUCCCUCUUCAUCACCUUCACCACAUUCGGCUGCAUCUUACUCAGAGACGGGCUCGAGGCCGGAGGGGUGGGGCUCGUGCUGACCUACGCCGUGACGCUGAUAGGAAACUUCCAGUGGACCGUGAGGCAGAGCGCGGAGGUGGAGAACAUGAUGACCUCGGUGGAGCGGGCGGUGGAGUACACAGAGCUGAAGAGCGAGGCACCCUGGGAGACCCAGAAGCGUCCUCCCGCCGACUGGCCCAGCCGAGGACUGGUGACUUUCAACCGGGUGAAGUUGUCCUACAGCGAAGACGGGCCGCCGGUCCUCAGAGACAUCAGCGCCACUUUCCAAGCGCACGAGAAGGUCGGGAUCGUGGGGAGAACGGGCGCCGGGAAAAGCUCCCUGGUGUCGGUCCUGUUCCGCCUGGCUGAGCCGCAGGGGGAGAUCCACAUAGACGGCGUCCUGACGUCAGAGAUCGGCCUUCACGACCUGCGUCAGAGGAUGUCCAUCAUUCCCCAGGACCCGGUGCUGUUCACUGACACCGUGAGGAAGAACCUGGACCCUUUCAAGCAGCAUGCGGACGAAGAGCUGUGGAGGGCCCUGGAGGAGGUGCAGCUGAAGUCGGUCGUGGAGGAGCUGCCUGGGAGGUUGGAGACGGUUCUGGCCGAGUCGGGCUCUAACUUCAGUGUGGGUCAGAGGCAGCUGGUGUGUCUGGCCAGAGCCAUCCUGAGGAAGAACCGCAUCCUCAUCAUCGACGAGGCCACGGCCAAUGUGGACCCCAGUACGGACGAGCUGAUCCAGAGAACCAUCCGGGACAAGUUUCGAGAAUGCACGGUGCUCACCAUCGCUCAUCGCCUCAACACCAUCAUAGACAGUGGCCGGAUACUGGUGCUGGACAGUGGAACCAUCCAGGAGCUAGACCGUCCCUUCACUCUGCUGCAGAACAAAGACGGGGCGCUCUACAAGAUGGUGCAGCAGCUGGGAGCGGCUGAGGCGGCUGCUCUGCUGGAGUCUGCCAGACAGAUGACGCAGCAGUCCUGACAGUGGAGCAGGAUGUGACAGAUUGUCUGGGUGUGUGAGAGUGUGUGUGUGUGCGUGCGUGCGUGUGUGUGUGUGUUGACUGCAUGACCUGAAGACAGUGGGGUUGGAUGUGAACUCACAAGAAGCACAUUACUGUUUGUACAGUCUUUUGUUCAGAUAAAGUUUAUUUAAUUUUCAACAGAGUUGUGGUCUUUGUGUGUCAUUGUGGGUUGUGACUGUAACUAGUGACUGUAGCAUUUGUCAUAAGUCAUAAUCAGAUAUGUUGGUUCAUAUUGGUGCAUGCACGUGCAUGCAUGUGCACGCACGCACGCAUGCACACAACCCUAACCCUAACCCUAGCAGGAGCUGCAUGUAACAUUUGUCAUAAGUCAUAAUCAGGUGUAUUUGUACAUAUGGUGUGCGAAAUAUGGCGUGUUCCCCCGGGCGAAGGGCAUAUCAGUGCGUUUGCGGGCCACCGUCUUGCUAAGCGCGAAAGAACUUCCAGUCUAUUCUUCGCCAUGCGCUUAGCAAGACGGUGGCCCGCAAACGCACUGAUAUGCCCUUCGCCCGGGGGAACACGCCAUAUUUCGCACACCAUAUGUUCAAAAUUACUCUACAUCAAACAUACAUACAUCCAUCUGUACGAUAUGCCUCCCUUCAGCAGGUGGGCUGGCAGGUCAUUUCCCCAAUCUACCUCAGGUGUCUCACUCACACAGUCACACCCACAGGCUCUGUGAGGCACUGCUGCUGCAGGCAAUUAACCCCAAUUAUCGCCUGUCGGCUCACUCCACCUCUGUUGGAGCAGGAAUCCUUCCACUCUGCCGUGUGACACUGCACAUGUAAGGGCCGUCUUACAACACCUCACAACAAACAACAUUUCUUUUCCCCGCAUAAAGUGUCUCUUCUGAUCUUCACACUUUGGUGUCUUGGGAACAGUGAUAUGUUUUUCACACC